CUGACCAUUCUUCUCUGCCUCGUAUCUAUCCUUGUUCUUCCGGAACUGGCCGCAUCAAAGGGGAAACGGGAAACCGCCUACACACCCACACCCACCCAAAGAAACGACCGUUUUUUGCACCUUUCCAACGACGUACACACGGCACAUAAAGGCGUAGCAAUAUUAAUUGCACUACGCUACGCUGGGUUACUUAGAUACGAUCGACCAAUCAACAAAAGAGAGGGAAAGGGGAAAGAGAAAGAGAGAUGUCGCAGACUCCCGUCAAAGUCCCCGCGUCGGCGGCGUCAUACACGCCCGCGACGCAAGACCAAGAUCUGCGAUCGCAGAUCAACGCGCUCCUGAUACGAGAAGGGCACAUAAAUAAGAUCCAAGAACACUUUCUGCACUCGCUCAACGCGCACCCCUCCAACUGGCCCUCGGCCGUGCAAUCGCACGCGCUGGCCCUCCUGCGCAGCGGCGACGUGACCACAUUCCCCGCCCUCGUCCGGCGCGUCCUCGAGGACGUGCGGCACGACACGGCCGCGGCUACCGACGGCCCCAACAAUAACAAUAACAAUAACAACAACAACAACAACUCCACAUCUUCCACCGCCAAUACCAAUUCCAACACUACCACUACCAAUGGGAACAACGGGAACACCAAGACCAACGGCAAUAGCACCGCCGCCACCACCACCACAGCAACAACAAGUAACACGGAUGGCAGUCUAGCCGUCCCCCAGGCCGUCGUCGACGCCGUCCUCAAGGUCGCGCGCGAGUGCCUCGAGAGCGUCUGCGAGGUCGACGACGGGUCCACGGCCGGCUAGGAGCGGCCGGGACCGGGUGUUGUUGGGACCGGCGGCGGCGGGGACGGGGCAAGAGUAGUAGUACCCGGGGGAGGAGGAGAAGU